UCAACAGGUGCAGGUGAUUUACACACUGGAACGUGAACCAUGAACUCCCAACCCAAUUCUCCACCAGGAAACUUCACAUUUAAGUGGCAAUCACUUCCCGCAGCUUGUUUUGUUAGCCGGGUGUGUGCUGACCACUACAUUCCGAAUCUGGGAUUAUUAAAAUGAGUCUUUAUUUUAUGGAAUGUGGAUCAUAAAAUAGGAGAAGGGAUUCCCCCAAACUAUUUCCGUGUUUAUUCCUGACACAGAAUGACUUACUGUGAUUGACGACCACACCAUGGAGAUCCAAAAGAGGUUUUCUUCUUGUUGGCAGAGUUUUCUGACGUGUUUUAAAAAACCGAACCAAUCCGGAGAUGAGACCAGGCCUGAGGAGAAACCUGGCACAGUUUUUGAAAAUCCCGGUGUUGAUAAAAACACAGAGCCGGACUUUUAUUCAAAAAGAUCUUUACCGCCGCUUCCGGUGGAGAAAGCAGGGGAUUAUUACAUUGCCCUGUAUGAUUACUCCGCUCGCACUGAGGAGGACCUAAGCUUUAACACUGGGGAUACUUUAGAGGCUCUGGACAAGAGUGCUGGGGAAUGGUGGUUUGCGAAAGCCCUCACCGGGGUCUCGGCCUCCAAACAGGGAUACAUCCCGGCUAAUUAUGUGGCCCCUGUGGAGAGUAUUGAUGCAGAACCAUGGUAUUUUCCCGACACCAAGAGGCUGGAUGCAGAGAAGUUGCUGUUGGCAGGAGGGAACCAGCAUGGCGCCUUCCUCGUCAGAAACUGUGAAAGUCAGAAAGGGGAGCUCUCCCUCUCAGUGCUGGACAGUGGGGGGGUGAAGCAUUACAAGCUGAAAAAACUGGAGAAUGGUCACUACUACGUGUCAAGGACUAGAUCCUUUCAAACACUGAAGGAGUUAGUGGAACAUUACUCCAGACAGGCCGAUGGCCUCUGUGUACGUCUGAGUGAACCAUGUAAAAAGAUGGAGGCUCCACAGACUCACGGUCUGUCCUACAACACUGUGGACCAAUGGGAGAUUGACCGCAACUCCAUCAAGCUGCUAAGGAAGCUGGGAGCCGGUCAGUUUGGAGAAGUGUUUGAGGGUCUGUGGAACGAAACCACAGCAGUCGCAGUGAAGACCCUCAAACCUGGUACCAUGGACCCUGAGGACUUCCUGAGAGAGGCUCAGAUCAUGAAGAGGCUGCGUCAUGCCAAGCUGAUCCAGCUGUACGCUGUCUGCACCAUGGAGCAGCCCAUCUACAUCAUCACAGAGCUGAUGCAGAAUGGCAGCCUGUUGGAGUACCUCCAGAAGGAUAAGGGUGCCACUCUGUGUAUCUCGGACCAGAUUGAGAUGGCUGCCCAGGUGGCAUCAGGCAUGGCUUUCCUGGAGUUACAGAACUACAUCCACAGAGACCUGGCAGCCAGGAACGUCCUGGUGGGCGAGAACAACAUCUGCAAGGUGGCUGACUUUGGCCUCGCCAGGGUCUUCAUGAAAGAGAAUGAAAAUGUGUAUGAAGCCAAAGAAGGAGCUAAAUUCCCUGUGAAGUGGACUGCUCCAGAGGCCAUCCACGACAACAAGUUCAGUAUCAAAUCUGACGUUUGGUCCUUUGGGAUUUUGCUGUAUGAGAUCAUGACAUUUGGACAGAUGCCUUACCCAGCCAUGACGAACUACCAGGUGGUCCAGAGGGUUCCCCAGGGCUACAGGAUGCCGUGCCCCCCCAACUGCCCAAAAGUCAUGUAUGACAUUAUGAUGGACUGCUGGAAGGAGAACGAUCAGGAUCGGCCCACAUUCGAGACCGUGCAGUGGAAGCUGGAGGACUUCUUUGACCUGGACGUAACCUCCUACGACGAUGCCAGUCGUUACUAGCACGCUGACCAGGAAAGAAAGGGUUCCAAAAACAUAUUCUCUCUGCACUGAAGCAAAAUCAGAAUCCCCCAAACAUGAACAUUGAUGUUUUUUAUGAAGUAACAGAUUCAAACGUAAUUUUAAAAUUCCAUUCAUUGUGGACAAAAUGUUUAAUCUGCAUAUGAUAGAAUACCAUAACUGGAUCUGACACUUUUUCCACAGCAACAGUUGGUUGCGACACAAGUGAUCUCGCUUUGUUUGACAACUUAAUGUACUUUCAGACGGGUACAUCUGUCUAUCUCAACAAACCAGUUCUUCUUGCACUCAGCAUAGCAAACAUUCUUUCUACUGGAAACCUGCCGAGCUAUUACUGGAAGGUACCUCAGAGGAUUUAUGAGUCAUGUUCACUUGCAAGCUCAAUCUAUUUGGCUUUGUAUUUUAGAGAGGGAGACUCAGAGGGUUGCAGGUGCUAUCAUCUCAUCUCAUUCCUGAUUUCACGUGAAGCAACCAGAAGUGAUUUUUAACAUCAUUCAAAGAAAUGUGACUGUCUUUGGCCCCAGCAGCCAGAGGGGCCCACUAAAUGAAUGCACAAUAAGAUGAUCUCCUUAACGACAAACUACGUCACUCCAGAGUCACGUACACACCCUUGAAUACAUUAUCAAAUAGUUUCACUUGAGGCUUUUGUCUUUGUGCAACUGUAAUAUUUACUUUCAGCUAAGAGAGCUAAAAUCAAAAGAAUAUGGUCAGGUUUGUAUGGAGCCCUGCAGGUGUCAUGGAGGGGGAACUAAUUCAUGCGCACAAAUUUUAAAGAGUUUUCUCUAAUUACCUAAUUUGUUUCUUGAAAAUGAAUUAUUUGUGCACAAAUGACUGGAACAUAACACAUUGCCACCCCCCAUUAUCAUCUUAUGACGUUGAUAUGGAGAACGUGUUGGCAAACAUUUUUAUUUACACAUCCAGGAAACACAGAACAUCUGUUUCUGGCUUCCUGAUGAAUGUGAAUAUAAAUCCAAUAUCCGCUCUCCUUUUUAGCUCUAUUUUGGUAAACGCUCCAUUACGUUCACCAGCUAGUUGCGAACCUGUCUGUUUGGUGUUGGGCAGGUAGUGUUCAGUUAGUUUGCCAGAGCUUUUUUUUUUUUUUUUUUUUUUUUUUUGCAGAAAAACAUCUGACUCAAAACAGCCGCAUGCCGUAAAAUCAAAACGAUGAGUUGAAAGAUGCUAAAAUUCUCCGUAGAGCUAAGAGGAACUGCAGAGUUGGUGAGCUUUCUCAGUGGGUUCGUCGCUACGAGUGACCGCUUUCACUUUCACUCCCUAAACUUUCAACAGGCAAAGUACACCCAUGUAGUUCCGUUACAAAAUCAAAACAAAAAGCACAUUAGAUUUUCCAUGGUCUUUUCCAUUAACAAGUGUAAAACUGUAGCAGUAGGAACUGAAGUUGUAGGUUGUUGUGUCAGGAAGGGAGCAGCACCCAGAGUGAUGGUGGCAGGCUGGCAGCAGUAUUUUGGUAUUGAGGUGCCUACAAAUACUAAAUUCAUUUCUUCAUAUCAACAUAAUUAGGUUAUCAUUUUCAAAGCACGUGUCAUUGUCCCCUCAACACUUUUUGUGAUAUUACAUUGUACGUCCUUUUUAGCAGCAGCCUAUUGAUGGCUUUGGUUGCAUUAGGCUACACAGUGGUGUAUGUGUUGUCAGGCUAUGGAUAAUCGAAUUUACUGUAACUGAGCCUCUUGGAUAUAAUGCAGUUUAGAUUUGAUUUUAGAUGCCCGUUAAACAUUGUAUUACAUUAUCUUUGACAUCCCUUAAACAUUUGUUAAAGAUUGUCUAAAGUUAGGUUCUGUUAAUUUGUGUGCAAAUUAAGUCAUUCGAAAGCACAACUGAUUAUUUUGAGCGCACACUGGAAUUCAUUUUUUCUCCUUGACACCUGCUGGGCCCCAUAGUUUUGUCAGUCCAGGGGCCCAAUAUUUUUUUACAUUUUUCACUAGGGCCCCCAAAUCAUCUAGUCUGCCCCUGGUAGCUACAUUGUAUCACUACACCUACAUAUCUGCAGUGCACUCACCCCAUCUGCUUUCAUAACUUGGUACAUUUAGUUGAAUGCAUUUUUUACUCUUACUCAUGCGGGACUUACAGUAUAAUGGCUCAGUGACUGAACAAUGUGACACAUUCUUUAAAUGAUUUUAGGUAAAAGCUGCAGAGCUGUUCUCAGGUCUGUGGCCACAUACUUUUUCACCAUCGGAAGCCACAAUAUGGAAGAGACGGCACACCUAAUCAGACACUUGACACACAUUCUUAAGUGGUUGAUCCUGGUGGAUGAUUAUUAUUAUUAUUAUCUCAUGCUCUGAUGAUUUUGUAUGAUAUUUUUAGUGUCAUGAACAAAAUCUUAAUUGUACAUUAUAACCAUGGCAGUGUUUAUAUAAUCAUAUUGUAUUUUUAUCAUUGUCCUUUAUGCAUAACAUAAUUAAAUGACUUAUAUUUACUAUGA